AGAUAUACCAACCCAAAUGAACCAAAACCAGCACCACCCACAAUGGCUGCAGCAGCAUUCCACUCAUAUUCCCCUCAAGAACAACAGCAUCCACCAGCACCACAACAAUCAACAGACACCCCUCAACUUUCCAAGAAACCCAAAACACUCCUUCAUAAACACCCUCUUUACACUCCAGUCCAUACUAAACUAUCCCUCCAAUUCAAAGAAAAAAUCUUGUGUCUUGAAGUUAUAGGUGUUGACUCAGGCAAAGCCCUUUCUUUAAACCCAUUGAUCCAUUCAACAUCCCUCAAUUCCAUUCACAACACUAUCACUUUUCUUCAAUCUAAAGGCAUUUUACAGAAAGACCUUCCAAGACUCAUUGGCAUGUGCCCAAAGAUUCUCACUGCGAGUAUCGACAACGAACUUGCUCCAGUUUUUAGGUUCCUGUCACAUGAUCUUAAUGUCCCAGACUAUAAUUUCAGAAGGGUGAUCAAUAAAUGCCCAAGAUUGCUCGUUUCGAGCGUCAAAGAUCAACUCAAGCCUGCUCUUUUUUACCUUAAAAGACUCGGGUUCCGGGAUUUGAAUGCAUUGGCUUAUCAGGAUUGUGUUUUGUUAGUGUCAAAUGUGGAGAACACAUUGAUGCCCAAAUUGAAUUACAUAGUUAGUCUUGGGUUUUCGAGAUCAGAGGCGGUUGAGAUGGUUUUGAGGUGUCCCGGGCUGUUUACUUUCAGCCUUGACAACAACUUUAAGCCAAAAUUCGAGUAUUUUGACGAGGAGAUGAAACGGGAUAUGGAAGAAUUGAAGGAAUUCCCACAAUAUUUUGCAUUCAGUUUGGAAAAAAGGAUAAAGCCUAGACAUUUGGAGGCUAUGGAAAGUGGGGUCAAGAUUUCUCUAGCACUUUUACUUAAAACCACAGAUGAGGAGUUUGCAGAGCUGUUGAGGCAGGGAAACAAUUCAAGAAAUUUGUAAAUUCUAUCUAUUUGUAAGUAUUGGGUUAUGCAGUUAUGCUUAUUUCAAUUGUUAUUUGGAUA